CAUGGUUACAGGACGCUAUUCAAGUUCCAGCUGACGUUGAGAAGUUUCCUCGGAAAGAUAUUAUCGGACAACAUGGGUUCUUAUCGGAUAUUACAUACUGUGUAACAUGAGCUGACUGAUGAUCACCACUAUGUCUCGAACAGGAAAUAAAGGAAAGUCAACGCGACCUCUCGGAUCACUCCGACACAAUAUCUCAGCACCAGACAAAGUACCGCAUAUUCCUCGACUGUUAAAUAAGAUAGAUGGGACAUAUCAGGGUAUCCAAGGCAACGCAAUGUCUGUACCCCCACCGACAUCGCGGGAAUCCACACAGAGGGAGAGUGCAGGAGAUGCAGACAAGGGGAAGAAUUCUGCCCGGUCUACUGGAUCAUCUAGUGUCAAGUCACAGGACCUUGUGGAUAGAAAGGAACUGAAAGAUGCUUUGGCAAGAGAGAAAGAGCUGAAGCUGAUGAUUGCAGAUCUAGAAAAAAUCAUUGAGGAGUUACGGGCCCUACUGGCCUUGAGAGACCAGGAGAUAGCUGACCUUCAGGACAACAUCCGGAUACAGGGGGAAGAGCACAAGGCUGUCUUGCAGAAAGAGAAAAGUAAACAUGCAGACACUCAGGCACUCCUGGAGGAAACUCGCUCAGAACUGGAGGAUGAACAGAAACGGCUAGAUGCAAUACGCAAAGACAUGUCCCGCAAACUCAGUGAACAGAAGACAGAGCUGGAGAUAAAGUAUGCAGAGAUGUUAUCUGAAAAAGACAAGGAGAUCUCAAUACGUGAUGUCAAACUCAACAGGCUGAAGCAGCAGAUGGCUGACGCUCUGAAGGGGAACUCCUGGGAACGGCAACAACAGCUCGAGGAGCUGACCAAGGAACUAGCACGUAUUCAGGAUGAAGCUGACCUCCUCCGGAUGAAACUCAAGGCUUAUGCAAAGAACAAAACAGGAAGCUGCUCAAACUGCCCUGAUAUGAUGGCCAAGCUGGACCGUGCCCACCUGAUGGUGAAGGACAGAGAUCACACUGUGAAGGAGCUGAAAGCUGUGUGCAGCAAGCUGGAGAAACAGCUAACUCAGCAAGACCAGCUACUUAAGUCCUGGGCGGACAGCAAGGGCUACAAGGCCGUGCCUCCAAAAUGACCAACACUGAACACGUGAUUUUCAACAGGAACACUUUGUCAGGGUUUGGUGCAUGGCUGACAAAUUCGGAGCUUAUUUUGUGCCAAUUGGAUAGACAAUCUGACAGCAUACAUGCACCAAAGGGUAUUACUUACAUAUAAAUAUCAAUAUCAUAUCAUCAUAUAGACAUGGUAUGGAGAUAUUUAUUGAGACAUGAUAUUUCUUACUGAUAAUUGUUUGAGAAAAGUUCAGUUGGCUGUCUGCUGUCUUCACAACUCCAUUUCUGUCUGAACAGACAGAAGAAAAGAGGGAUUAAGUUUUCACUCACAUUGGUGCAAGUGACAUAACUUAAGCCCAAAUAUUCUUUGGUUUCAUUAUACUAAACGCAUGUUACAUUCUUGCAUUUCCAUAUCAAAUGGAGUUCAUUUAGUAUGCAGAUAGCAUGGUAUAAUUUUGCAUUUCAUGCCAUAUAUGGAUGGAGUUGAUUUAGUAUGCAUAUAGCAUAUAUUCUUGUACAUCAUGCCAUAUAUGAAUGGAGUUCAUUUAGUGUUCAUAUAGCAUGGUACAUUCUUGCAUUUCAUGCCAUAUAUAGAUGGAAUUCAUUUAGUAUGCCUGAGGCAUAUAUUCUCGCAUUUCAUACCAUAAUUGGAUGGAAUUCAUUUAGUAUGCCUAUAGCAUAUAUUCUUGCAUUUCAUGCCAUAUAACAUAUGGAUGGAAUUCAUUUAGUAUGCCUAUAGCAUAUAUUCUUGCAUUUCAUGCCAUAUGGAUGGAAUUCAUUUAGUAUGUGUAUAGCAUCAUGUAUUCUCAAAUUUCAUGCCAGUGAAAUGUGACACAGGGACUUUAAAGCAAACCUGGUCAAACCUCAGAUGAAAUAUAUUUGUGCAAAUACUUGUAAACUGUCACUCAUACUACAUACCUCCAAGGCAACACAUGGGACCCUGCUCGAGUAUCACAGAGUUUGCACAUGUUGGUUCAUUCUGGGUUUCUUUAAAAUAUGUUACUCUCUGUCUUCUGGAUUCAAAUGGACUAUGAAUUGCUAUAUCUGCUGACAAAAACUAUUAUUUUUCCUUAUCCCGACUCAUGAUUAUUAUGCUUGUCUCCUCCUAUGCGAAUGAUAGUGGAACACUUGAAAUUCCUUGUAGUUCCCUUGAAGAGGACGUAAAAGUACACUCACCCACGAUUUCAGCUGAGUUUGUCGUUGACUGAAUCAGUCAAGCAUUUUAUUACAGCACAGUGUCCUAUAUUAUAUUGUAAGACAAUUUUUGUUUAUGUAGUCCAUUAACUUGCAAUCGUUGUAUUGUAUUGUACAUACUUGCAACAUCAUUUUAGAUGCCAGUAUUCUUGUUGUGCCACAUGAUUGAAGAACCAUUUCAUUGAUAAACCACAUUAUACAGUGAGACCCAAGAUACCCGGACCCCAAAUAUCCGGAAACCUCGCCUUCCGGUCAAUUUUCAUAAAAAACAAUCUCUUACGUUAUAAAAGUGACUGUCUAUAACGGAUAUGCGGUUUCAGUUCCCUACGGUAUAUUUUACAAACCAACCGUCUAAAUCAACACAAAAUUAACUCACUUAUCCGCACAAAGCUUUGAUCUAUGGCUGACCGUGUGAAGUGCUAAUCCAGGAUUAAUGACCGAUCAGCAGGGUAUUGGUGGUGAUUAGUAGGCCUAUCUGGCACAGAGUGAAUUGUAAUUGGCAAAUCAAAAUGACCAUGCUGUUUUGGAAGU